AUGUUCGAACUCACCCUUUCAAGAUGUCUACAGAUUUGUAUGUGCAUUAUACUGGUGCCCAGGCUACAAGGGAAGGUCUUGGCCCCAGCCCGUGUCCAGGCGCCUGUAGAGCGACCGUUCAACCUGACCUGUAGGCUGAUGAAAGGCAGAGGGGACACGGUAAAGCAGGUCCGCUGGCUGGACGUGGAGAACCAGACUCUCAUCACCUAUCAGCCAGGCCAGCCGGGCUCCAUCAGCGGCCAGCAGCACGUCGAACUCGCCUCGCCUCAGGCGGAUGUCAGCGUCGUCACCGUCAGGCGAGUGAGCUUCCGAGACGAAGGCUGCUACACCUGCAUCUUUGAUGUGUACCCCUCUGGAUCUCAGGAGGGACAGACCUGCCUCACUGUCACUGCGACAGUGACUCAUGACGGAAAUAAGACGGCGGUCAGUGGGAAGCUGGCCUUUCUUUCCUGUCGCUACGGUCUGCCCGAGAAAGUCCACCAGGUGCUGUGGAGGAAGACGGCGGAACAGGGCGACUCGCACGACGUGGCGUUCUUCGCCAAGCGCAGCGACCCCAUGAUCGAGGGCCCGUACCAAGACCGCGUGACCCUCACCCGCUCUCUGUCGGACACCGGGCUCUCGAUCCGGCCCGUGAAAACGGAGGAUGAGGGAUGUUACACGUGCGAGUUUCACACCCACCACGAUGGCACCAAAAGUUCCACCAUCUGCCUCACAGUCUUUGUCCUGCCCAAACCGCAGGUGAGUUACAAGACCACGUCGCCGGGAGUGAUAGAGGCUAACUGUACAGCCCUCGCCCGCCCCCCAGCUGAGAUUGUGUGGAACGUGGAGGGGGACAACAGGACCAUGGGUGCGCCGGUCUCCACGGCGAUGCAGCAGGGUGACGGGACAACACUGGUCAUCAGCACCCUCACCGUGCAGGCUGGUCUUCUGAAGGACGUCUCGGUGAAGUGUCUCGUCCACCACAAAGGGCUGGAGUCUGCAAUAUCUGUGUCCAUGAACACAAAGAUUGGAACAGCCCUUGCCAUACUGAUAUCUGUGACGACAGUGGCCUUCCUGCUGGUCCUGGGUCUCUGUGUCUGCCUCUGGAAGUGUGUCCUGCAUAAAGAAGUUCCGUUGGUACAGGUGUAUGUUGAGAACACACCAGUGAUUGGGAAACCCGAAGUCAUUUUGGCUUCCUGCACCGCCUCCAGUGCCCAGCCUGUGCCGGAUGUCUCUUGGGAUGUGGGUCCUUUCGCUGACUUGUUAAAGACAGAGCUCAGCUCCACAGAGCACGCAGAUGGAACCUACACUGUCACCAGUCAUCUUAAAGGCAUUCCCUCACACCAUAUCAACCAGCAGCAGGUCCAGUGUGUGGUCAAACACAUCACCCUGAGCACGGAGAUGAUCGUCAGGCACACUAUAAACAUCCACUAUGCCCCUCGUUCAGUCAACAUAACCCCAGUUGAACCUCCCUUUUAUGCCAAAGAGUUUCAGUGUGUCGCAGACGCCAACCCUGCACCGACAGACUACGUCUGGCGCAGGUGUCUUCGCUUCACCUCGGAUCAUCUGGACUUUGAUCAUUCUCAGUUCGGUUAUGAUCUGCAUCAUAUGUGUUUUGCACAGUGGGGUUUUUAG